AUGUCAUUAGUCGUGCCAUUGAAUUGCAGCCUGGUGCAACCCAACUUGUAUCGGGGCUCCUGUCCAAGGGAGAUUAACUUCCCUUACCUGAGAUCGCUAAAUUUAAAAUAUAUCGUAUCACUGACUCCAGAACCGCUAGGGAAGGAUCCUGUGUUGGCCAAAUUUUGUGCUGAUAACUGCAUAGAGAUGAUUCACAUAGAGUGUUCGAAGGAGAAGAAGGAGAAGAAGGAUAAGAGCAAGCCAAAGGUCAAGAGAAAGAAGAAAGCAGUACCGAUUGAGUACGAAGUAGUGGUUGAGUGUGUCAAAUUUCUCAUCGAUGCUCGACAUUAUCCAUGUUAUAUGCAUUGCACAAACGGAGAACUGAUUACCUCGCUUGUUGUUGCCUGUCUGAGGAAAUUCUCUUACUGGGGAACUGUUUCGAUAUUGAACGAGUUCUUGGCAUACAAUUCGAGUAUCAACAUACAUGAACGCAGCUUUAUCGAGAAUUUCAACUCUGAAGUAGAAAUCGAAAACUUGGAUGUAAAGGAUAAGGUUUCAUGGAUAACUGUUCCACAUGUCUGUGUCCCAAAAGGAAAUGAUAGCACCAGUAUGGAGAUUGCUAGAGUGAGCAGCGUGUCUAACAGGCUGCCGAAAUUGAGAUUCCACAGUCUAUAG